AUGGAGCCAAUUUGUUCAGAGAGGAGGCAAAAUGGCGUUCUUUCGAGAAGCUUCGAAGCUUUAUCCAUUUUGAAAGUGGGAAUUAAAGGUGAUCAUAAGUUCGAUGAUCAGUUGAUCGCGGAUAUUUUGGGACUUGAGAGGCAAUGGAUUAUUCUUAAAGGGUUUCUGGAGGCAAAUUUCAAUUUGGAUUGUUCGUCUGGAGAAAUUUUGGGAAAAUUCGAGUGGAUGCGCAGGCUCAAAAAUGACUUCUACCGUUUGUAUCAAGAGGUAAGGACAAUUGAGGAAUACCUUCUUGCUUUACUGGACCGUAUUGAAUCACAAGUAAUGGCAGAGCUGAGAGAAGCUACGCUAAGCGAUCUGGUGGAUGCUUUUGAGCGAUGUUGGCAGGGAUUGCAUGAUCUGAAGCGGGUUCUUCAGUCAUCCAAGUACCUUCUCGAAACAGGUCUUGAAUUUAACGAGAUACUAAACGAUCAUUUGUUGUCUAUUGGAACCUUGAUAGACGAAAACGCCGAGAAAUGCUUUGAAAUUAGGCGAAGUUUGAAAGCUGGAAGUAUGGGGCGAAACUCACGACAAUCGGUAGGUAGCGAAAAGCGUGUUAGUAGCGUGCUAUCUGCUAGUGCUACUUCAGGGUUUAGCUUUAUUCCAACGUUUCCAGAAAACUCGGAUCUAUUUGCUGAUUUCAUGUCAGUAGCUGAAAUUAUGGAUCCUUUGGAAAAGAGCAUGACAAAAGUUGUGGACGAAAAGAUCCAGGGUUUUGGUAAACGAGUGAUUCACAGUAUUGCAUAUCUAACAAAUAUUUUACAGCAACAUUUCGAAGAUGUCAACCGAAAGCACGAGGCUCUAGUUGUCAUCUAUAGUUUGUUGAAGAACGAAAUGCUAAAUUCACAGUGGAAAGAGCUUUUCGGGAGCCUUAACAGAGUGUUGCUUCAAGCCAUCACGGAGGUAGAAGAUAUGCUUUCUUCAACGGGUGAAAGUGAGCCGGAAGAGAACUCGAAAGCACAGCGUCUCAACUCCGAAAGGCUGUCGUCGCUGGAGAAGGAGAUAGAGCACAAUUUCAACAUAGUUUAUCAGGCAUUAUCUGCUUCUGUUCUCACGGUUGAAGUAGCCACAGAAGCGAACACGCUGGCAUCGCGCUGGUUGGAACUGGUGCCAAAACUCCACAACUUUGUCUCCAAAGACCAAACCACCACAGAUUUAUCGUCAGAUCUUAAGAAUUUGUCUUUAGAAAGCACACAAACGCCUGUGAUCACACCUCCUCGUCCACAGAGGCGGGUGAGUGGGAUGGGUACUUUUCUGUCCAAGCGAAUGAAUAUCAAACCUGUGAUAGUAAAUAACACUCCGAAGUCUGUGGAAAAAAGCAACCACUUUUCGUACCAAGCAGAUGAAAUUAAGCCGAUUUCUUUAAGCUUCCAUAAAACAAAAGGUUCUCAGCCUUUGUUCAACAAUGAAAAGCACAAAAACAUCGCAACAUCCCUACAGUCCCAUUCUCGUGCCCUUAGUGCUCGAGCAUCAUUUGCAGUUUUAAUGAUCAAAAUCGCACAUUAUUCUCGUAUACCAUCUCGAAUUCCUGUGUUCUCUGGUUCAGUUGCUUUGGGAACUCGUAUCAACGGUAAAUUGAAUGAUCCCAUAAAAGUUGUGCUCAAAAGCACUGGUCAAAUCGGCGUACACGGCCGCCCUGAAAAGUGCCAGCUUCCCGUCAUAAGCUCUCAUAAACGUCAGCUAAACUAA